CCCGUUGCAACUGGCGUAACGAUCACUUUUCGCUCGAAUUCUCAAUUAGUCAUUGACACAUUAUUGGCACAACACUUUCGCUUCCAUUGCCAACAAACUUCUUUAAUUUUAAUUUUUAAACGAAUUCUAAAUACUCAAUCCGAAAGCCUAACUUAAAUCACCAGUCUAUCGCAGUUUUCCCGGGUAAUUUCAAUAUUUAAGGUUUUUAAAAUGUUAAAAUCUGUUUUCAGCUUUUCCGCUCCAUUUCAUUUUUAAGGGGUUGAAAUUUUGAGAUGCGCAGUCUUGGCAUCAAUUUAUCUCUUAGCUAUUGUGAAUAUAAAGCUGCACUUUCCUCUUAGCGAAAUGAAAUUUGGCUUAUAUCUAUCCUUUCUCUUUGUUUCUUUUUUAAAAAGCUUGGGUAUGGUAAAUGUGAGUCACUUUUAAUGUGGUACAAAUCAAGGAGGAAGCAGUAAACUCGAAAGGGUGGCUCUGUAUCUUAGACUAAAUGAAUACUUAAAUUUUAGAAUAAAUUUUCAAGGAUACGCUACCAGUGACGUAGCGCCUUAAACAACCAAUCACGACUGUGGAGAUAAGAAAAUAUGAAGAUGAAUUUAUAAUUUUUACCGCGUUCUUUCUUAUCCACUGAAGAUCUGCAAGGAAUUACCCUUUGUCUAUUUUUCCAAUCUUUUAGUAUAAUUAAAAUGCUCAUACAAAAUAAACUUUUAGGCCUUGACUCCGAAUUACAACAUUACUUUUAUCCCGAGAGUUUAUCUGCUAAUCCAUUUGGAAACUUUAAAUGUGCGAUAUUAAAAUAUACUGAUAUUUGAAAGAGCUUGUUGGCUGCGACUAAAUUCAGGGAAAAUCGAACGUUCCAGAGAGGCUUUCAGCAACUGUGUAAUUGGGGAAUUACGUACGAAAUAAAAAUUACGGACGUAAAACCAAACGGAAUAUAACAGGGAAAUGUGAUGGCUAUUUUUAUUUCUUGUUCAAAUCUUGCAGGGUGUAGCAGGUGUAGCAAAACAAAAAUAAUUCAGGCAGAUAUCAAGAUGCUCAACAAUACGAACUCAUCAGCGCCCCAACAUCCCCAAGACGACAUCUUGAGCGUUGACACUCAAGCAAUAGCUGAGCUAGUUCCUGUUGCAUUACUGAUUAUCCUUGCCAAUGGAUUGGUGUUAGUUUUAUUUGUGAAAAAGACACAGCUUCGUACACCAGCAAAUUACGUCCUUUUCAGUUUAGCUGCUUGUGAUUUCAUCACCGGAAUCGUCAAUAUUCCCUUGUUCAUCGUAGUCGCGUUCACACUGCUUAUCGGGCCGUCAGACCAUUAUAUGGUUCUUCUGGUGAGCGUGGUCAACAAUUUUACAGCCAUAUCAGCUUGUUAUCACAUACUAGCUGCAACUACAGAGAAAUAUCUGUCGAUAAUCUGGCCAGUGAAGCAUCGAUCGAUAACCAGGAAAACAGUUUUUAAAGUGCUUCAAGUUGUUUGGGUGGUGUCUUUCAUUGUGGCUUUCAUUCCCUUUGCUUGGGUUAACAUGGAGGAUACAGAAACGCAAAGGAAAUUAACACUAGAGCAUGUCAUAUUCUGUCUCGUGGCAGUUUUCCUGUUGCCGUAUGCAUUUAUGAUCUAUGCCUUUGCGGUUAUUUUCAAAUCAAUUUCCAAUCAGGGGAAGACGGAAGGAAACAUUAUCUCGAGGUCACAUUUCAAUCGACAAGCUGCUCUAGAAAGAAGAUGCUUAAUUUUGUUCGCUUCUAUGGCAAUAAUCUUCCUUGUAUGUUGGUUGCCAUGGUUUAUUUUGUUGCUCAUGUACAAGGUAGAAGACAAUUUGGAAGACAUGGAAAUUGCAGCUCACGUGUUUGUGCUCGUUAGGUAUGCUACCUCUAUCAUAAAUCCUCUACUGUACACGUUUUUUAGACGAGAUUUCAACAAGGCACUCAAGUCUCUGUUUAAAAGGAAACGAUCACAGCGCUUUUCGAGAGACAGUGAUGUCAACAGGCAAAUUUUAACUAAAGACGGGGAUGACACUGCUGAGGACAUCGUCUGACUCAUUUGUGUUGAAAGACAUUGUCUAGGGCCUCGAUUUGUCUUGAAAACCGAUCACAGCUUGCUUGUUAUUUAAUUCUAAGAGAAAUACUUGAAGGAAAAGCUCAGUUUUGGCGCUUUUACUGAACAAUUUACCUAAUGGAGCUCAUUGAAAACAUGCCUUAUUAAAGUUCUACUGAAACGA